CAUUAUUUUGUUUUUCCUUAUCACAUCAUCCUCGUUAUAUCGUUUUACUUAUAAAAGGACCACGACGGAAACCAAAUCAUCACACUGUUACAGCUUUUGCAAAAGAAGAAACUGAGAGCGCAUCUUCAAUUAUUAACACUUACUGAAGAGAGAGAGAGUAUGGGAGAAGAGUCAGAGGUUUUUGCCACGACAGCGCCGUUAGCUCCGGUGACCGGUCAGCGAAAAGUACGGAACAACUUGGAGGAAACAUUACCUAAACCAUAUUUGGCUAGAGCAUUAGCAGCUCCAGAUACAGAGCAUCCGAAUGGAACAGAAGGUCACGACAGCAAAGGCAUGAGUGUUAUGCAACAACACGUUGCUUUCUUCGACCAAAACGGCGAUGGAAUCGUUUAUCCUUGGGAGACUUAUGCAGGACUCCGUGACCUUGGUUUCAACCCAAUCUCCUGUAUCUUUUGGAGCUUAAUCGUAAACUUAGCGUUUAGCUAUGUUACACUUCCGAGUUGGUUGCCAUCACCAUUAUUGCCUGUUUAUAUCGACAACAUACACAAAGCCAAGCAUGGGAGUGAUUCAAGCACCUAUGAUACCGAAGGAAGGUUUGUCCCGGCUAAUCUCGAGAACAUAUUUAGCAAAUACGCGUUAACAGUUUCGGAUAAAUUAUCAUUCAAAGAGCUUUGGAACUUAACCGAGGGAAACCGAAUGGCAAUCGAUCCUUUUGGAUGGGUUUCGAACAAAGUUGAAUGGCUGCUACUAUAUCUUCUUGCAAAGGAUGAAGAAGGUUUUGUGUCUAAAGAAGCUGUGAGAGGUUGCUUUGAUGGAAGUUUAUUUGAUUAUUGUGCUAAACAGAACAAAGAAAAGGCCAAUUCUCGCAAGCAAGACUAAGAGUUUGUUUAUCUUCUGUUUUAAUAAGCAAUGUAUAAAUGUAUUUGUAGCCUACUAUAAUUUCUUUGUCAAAAAAGAAGCCUACUAUAAUUAUGCCCUCGAUCUUGGUUAGAAAAAAAAAAACAAAUAAACAAAAGUGUAAGUGGAAGAAAACUUUGUGUUCUUUACAAUAUUGUUGUGUAAAAUUUGUUGAACAAAUAAAAUAAGAUUUUCGUACAAUAAA